AUGCCAGCAUCCCAGCCACGGUCCAGGGCAAGAGACAGGAACAAUGUCCUCAACAGGGCUGAGUUCCUCUCCCUGAACCAGCCCUUGAAGGGGAACCAGGAGAACAGGAGCUCCAGCAGAAAGCAGAGCAGCCAGGCCGGGGCAGCCGGUGCCCAGAACACCAACCCCAAGGAGCGGAGGCAGUCGCAGCAGCUGCCCGAGGAGGAUUGCAUGCAGCUCAACCCCUCCUUCAAGGGAAUCGCCUUCAACUCGCUGCUGGCCAUCGAUAUCUGCAUGUCCAAGAGGCUGGGAGUGUGUGCCAACAGAGCCUCCUCCUGGGGUGGUGCUCGCUCCAUGAUCAACCUCCUGGGGAUAACGGGGCACGGCAUCCCUUGGAUUGCGGGUACGCUCAUCUGCCUGGUGAAGAGCAGCACGCUGGCAGGCCAGGAGGUCCUCAUGAACCUGCUGCUAG